AUUGGUCCGUUCGUUCGGGGAAACUUGAUAAGGGCGGAGUUGAAACGUCUUGGCGGCCAUAUUGAAUGUUAUCAGUUGACAGUUGUGUCUAAAGGAAGCUCAAAGAUUUGUUUUAGUUUAACUUAUGCCAAGUCAAACGCUGCUGUGCUUUCCAGCCGAACUUUAGGACGUAUGUCCUAAACUUUUAGCGGUUUUUAUUCAAGCCGAGAGAUGGAUGAAGAUGAACGGCGGAGGAAGCUCGAGGCGGGCAGAGCUAAGCUUGCUAGCUUCCGACAGAAGCGGGCGAAAGGCGACGGUGCGGGGGCGGCGAAAAAGACGCAGAAGAGGAAGGGCCAGGCUGUCUCGCAGAAUGACGGCGCAACGCAAGACCGUCGCGUAGAACCGGCACUUUCUUCAGCCAAGGACUCAGAGCUGAACAACAAGACCAACAAUGAGGAACCAGAGAAGCCGGAGAAAUCAGAGGUUCAGCAGAACCAACCACCGAAGGAUCAGCCGCCCGCCCUGGAGCAAAGCCUGUCCCCUCUGGAAGAUUUUAAAGAAGAUGAGCUAGUUGCACUCACUGGAAAGGAGCAGCUCAAGCAGUUGCAUCAGGCUGUGGAGAAGCGUAAUGAGAUAAUCGCUAGGCUCAGCUCCAACCUGCAGGAUGCUCAGGCCAGUAGAGACCAGGUGCAACUGGAGGCACAGUCACUUGCUGUACAGAUUCAGGCGCUACAGAGACAGCUCCAGCAGACCAGUGCAGAGUUUCUGCGCAUCAAAAGCCAGUCAGGGGCUGAAGUCAACACUCAUCGACAACAGCAUCAUCAAGGCUCCGAAGAUGCAGACAUCAGUCAUAAGGAGGCACCAUCAGGAGAAUCAGGGAGGACAGGACCUGGCUCAGAGUCAAACACUAACGGUGACAGUGAGACAGAUACCGUUUUGCACAAACUGAGGGCUGAGCUGCAAGAAGAAAGGGAGAACAGCCAACGCGUAUGUGCUGAACUAGCGGAGGUGAUGGAGAAACACCAAGACGUGCUUUCUUUACUUGAGAAGGAGAAGAAAGGCAGGGAAGAGGAGCGAAAGGAGAGGGAAGCACAGAUGCAAGAUCUCCAGACCCAGUUAAGCUUAGUCCAAACUCAGUGCCUUGAGAUGCAGCAGUACAAAGCGGAGAAGGAGAAGCUGAACAGAGAAGUGGUUGAGCUGAGAAAAAGGCUUCAGGAGGAAGAGAACGCAGAGAGGAGAUUUAGUGACGAGGUGGCCGGUUCUGCCCUUCAUCUCCAGAGCCUUGAGGAGGAAAGACUGAGGCAGGAAGAGGAGAUCCAGAGGGUCAAAGAGGAGAUGGAGAGAGUCAGGCAACUGUUGGAGGAGAGGGAGAAGGAACUGAAGUUUAGAGAAGAAGAAAUCAUCGGCCUCAAAGCUACUAAGAAUCGGCAGAACCAAGCAAAAGCUGGCUUCAGUUGUGAUGAAAGGUCUAGCGUCGAUGAGGCCAACCUGGAAAGUGGACCUGAACAGGACAGCACGAAUGUAUCAACACCUGGAGAUGUUCUGAUGGAGCGCUACUUGUCUUCAGCUCCUCUCGCACAGUCACGAUCUUCAGUGGUCAACGAAAGCUUUGAACACUGCAGUCAGCUGGACAUCUCUGCUGACUACAGUUUUGAACUGAACAGUGAAAUAUUGGGAGAUGAGCCUCUGUUAUCAAUUUCAAAUCGUUUCCCUGAAGAAAACCUCCACAACAGCUCUAGCCCUCGCUGCUCCCCUGGCAUCCCACUGGCUGAUGGUUCCAACGCUGAGUCUCCAUCUCGGUGGCUUCACAGCUCCACUCCUGGGGAGCUGGAGAUGAGUAAACUGUCCGAGCAGCAGUUUGAGGAGACGGACCUGGAAAAGGAGCUGCUGAACCAGCAGUGCGGGGAGCUCCGCGAGGAGCUGUCUCUCAAGGACAGGGACUUGAAUGUGCUAAGAGAGGAAGUCAUCAAGAGUGCUGAAGAGCUGGAGGAGGCCAGGAGCAGGUGGGCCCAAGUAACAGAAGAGCUCAGGCAAGCUCUCUGGGAACUUGAAGAGGAGAAGGAGAAGAGGAGACAGGUAGAGGAGGAAAUAAACUUGAGAGUCCACGAACAAGACAACCUGAAGAACAAACUCAGUGCCUUAAUGGAAGAAAGAGAAAAGGAGACCGCAGUGAUGUUGAUGGGAAAUGAUGCUGCUGAAACCUGCCUGCUGGUCUCCGCUACCUCUCCAUCGGAGGACAGAGAUAAACUGGUGCGGGAGCUAAAAAAUGAGAAGGAAAAGGAGGCUGCACUCCUGUCUCAUCAAAAACAGCAGGAGCUGCUGGAAUUGUCUCUGCAGGAGAUAAAGCAGGAUUCGCAAUCUGCCAAACAGAGCCCAGAGCUCAGAGAUGACAACCAGUUGCAAACACUGCAGGCUCAUUGUGAACUUCUUGAGUCGGAGCUAGAAGAGACAAAGACGACGCAUAAAACCACAGCAGCCCUGCUAUGUCAAAGGACUAUGGAGCUGGACGAAACCUCAAAGGAGCUCGAAACUACUCGUGCACAGGUUCUGAGUGUUCAAACGGAGGUAGGAAGACUGCAGGAAGAGCUGGAGAAGAGCCAAGGCCGUCUGGACAGUGCCGAAAAAGAGAAGAACGAACUGGAAUCGCAGAUCGUCUGCCUGAGACAGAACCUGACCAACCUGGAGGAGGCCCAAGCCCAGUCGGUGCAGGAGAAGGACGAGCACAGGAGAAAAGAAGAGGAGAUGGACGAACGGAUUAAAAAAAUGGAACAAGUCUUAGAGGAGGAACUGGAGCAGUUUGAGAACCUGCUGAAAGCCAAGGAUGUUGAGUUGGAUGAAGAGAAGGAGAAAUGGGAAGAAGAGAGACAGGAGAAGGAUAAAGAACUCCUUGACGUGAGGCACGACCUGGAGGAACUGAAGAGGGAGAGGGAGGAGGAGUUGAAGGCUCUCCUGGAGAAGCAGGUCGUGGCUGUUGAGGAGGCUACAGAAAGGCUUGAGACCUCUCACCAGCAGGAGACGAAAGACCUGAUGGAGAAACAUCAACAAGAGAUUUCUGAGUUGAACACUCUCCUGGAAUCAGAACUGCUGAAGCAGCACGCCGUUAUGGAAGAAGAACAGAAGAGACAGAUCAGCCUAAUCAAACAGGUGACUGAGCGUGAGCAUGAGCGGAUGGUUUCAGAGCUGACUGCCAAACACAAUGAGGAUCUUAAUCAGCUCAGGGAGAGCAUGGAGGCUGCCCACCAGGCUGAACUGCAGCAGGCACUGGUACAAAAGACCAGCGAGCUUGAGGCCUUGCGUUUGAACCUGAUGAAUGUCCACACAUCCCAGCUGGAGCAGGAGUCCGCUCUCACCAAGGUCCAGGCCUCCAUGAGGGACUCAUUUGCCCAGGAAAGUGCACUCCUGCAGGCCCAACACCAGUCAGAACUGGAUCAGAUGAGACAGCAGAACCAGGAGCAGCACCGACAAGAGAUGAAUGAGUUGAAGCAGCAGUGGGAGACUUCUGUUGCUCAGGAGAGAGCUGCCACGGAGGAAAAGCAGGCCAAAGAGAUACAGGCUCUAAGGUCACAGUGGGAAAAGGACGCUGAGACCACCCAGUCAAACCUCCAAACAUCCCUGUCAGAGACCCAAAACAGCCUCACUGCCACUCAGGCAGAGCUCGCCAACACUCAAGCCUCCCUCACCGAGACCAACGAAGCUCUUACUGAAGCCCAGGCAGCUCUGUCAGAGUUACAUGAGUCACAGGCCAGGCUGGUGGAACUCCAGACCUCCGCUAAGGAGCAGAACCAGAAACUAGAGGAGGAGCUGAGACAAGCCUUUGCUGACAGAGAUGCAGCAGCUUGUGCUCUGGAGGAGUUGGUCUCUACUCACAAGGCAUUGCUGCAAGAGAGAGAGCAGCAAGCACUCCACCUAGAGGAAAAGGAACGGCAGCUGCAGCAAGAGGUUUUGCGCCUACAGGAGGAGAAGACUCUGCUAAAGCAGAGCUCAGAACAAGAAGUAGGUCAGCUGUGGGCCCAGCUGGAGAGCAUGAGGACCAGCCGUCAAGAGUUGGGAGAGCUGAAGGAACAGCUGAUCGCUCGCUCAUCCCGUGUUGAUGACAUUGAGCGCCUGAAGACGGAGUUUAAUGAUCAAAAACGGGAAAUCAAAGAGCAGAAUGAGGCUGAGCUGGAAGGCCUGAGGAGGUACUUUGAGCAGCGAUUAAGAGUAGCAGAGGAGAACUACAGAGAGGAAAUUGCUCUGCUCCAGCUGAGGCUGGUGGAAGGAGCUUUGGAGGAAUCUGUGUUGAAAACCACAGAUGACAGUUUCAUAUCUCAAGGCCAAACCGAAGAGGAGAAGGAUCAUGUGCUUUCUGACGCUGGCCUCAAACUGGUGAAACACGAGGAAGUGCUUGACAGUUUGCGCCUUCAGCUGGAGGAGAAGCACACAGUGGAGAUUGACAAUCUGCGAUCUUCUAUGGAUUUUUCCUUUAAGGAGGAGCUGCGACAGGUGCACUCAGACCUCACUGACCACUACUACGAAGAGCUGCAGGAGAUGAAGACCCGUCAUGCGCUGGAGCUGGAGCAACUCCGAGCCAAACUUUCUGACCGUCACUUACAAGAGCUUACCAGAGUUCGUUUGGAGGCAGCAAGGCAGGUUGAGGUGGAGGUGGAGCAGAGAAUGUGGUGUCAUACUGAAGAGCUGCAGACCAGGAUGACCAUCAUCGACACCCUGGAGAACAGACUGGCUGCCUUAAGUAAACAACAUGAGGCAGAAAUGCAAAUGAACACACAGAAGUUGAAACGGGAGUUUGCCGUGGAGCUUGCUUCUCUUGAGGAAGCUCUGAAACAGGCGAGGGAGACCGUGCAUGAGGAGACGAGGAGGCUGAGAGAGGAACUACAAGAGAAGCAUGAAGCCGAGCUCUCUGCCCUGAGGUCAGACAUUGACAGGGAGUCAGAGGAGGAGAGGACGCGCCUUGAAAAAGCACUUGACGAGGAGAAGGAGAAGUUAAAGUCUCUACAGACGUCACUAGACAACGAUGACAGCCCCCAGGUCUUAAUAGUGAAGCAGAGACUGGAGGCCCAAUAUGACAGCGAGUUGCAAACAGCAAAGAGCUGCAUGACAACUGAAAUCAAGCAGCUUACUGCUCUCCUGCAGGAGCAGGGCGAGGAGCGGCUGCAGCAAGCCCAGGAGAGGUUCCAAGAAGAAAAAGCAGCAUUGGAGCAGAGUUUGGCCCACAAAUAUGAAACCUGUCUGGCAGAGCUGAAGAACAAACAUCAAACUAAGCUGGAACAUGAGAGAGCGACACUACUGAACAAACACGCCAAAGAGAUGGACACACUCGAUGCCAAACACAAAGCACAACUAGAUUCACUCGGUGCCAGUCACAGAGAUCAGCUUGCAGCCAUGGCCGUUGAGCUGGAAUCCAAACACAACGCUGAGCUUGUUGCCGUGGAAGCAGCUGUUGCUUCCAAACGAAAGGCAGACUUUGAGACCAGUCAGGCUCGGUUGGAGGCUUUGGAAGCCGAGUUAGCUCGCAAACACCAGGAAGAGCGGGAUGAACUGGAAAAGAGGAUGCUGGGUAAUAUGGACACUCUGGAAGCCACAUACCUGAAGGAAGUGCAAGUGCUGCGCGAUGAGGUGGAGCACCUUGAAGAGCGGCAUCGCCAAAACCUGAAUCGUCAGAAGUCGGAACAUAAGCAGUUAACGGAGCGCCACGCCUCAGAGCAGGCGUCCAUCAGGGAGGAUCUGAGGAAAGAGCUCGCUCAGAUGCACAUCGAGAAGUUUAGUGCCAUGGCAGCAGAGCUCAGCCACGUUCACAAGACGGAGCUGGCUGCUCAAAAAGAGGCCUUAGAUACUGAACACUGCAGAGCCCUGGAGACCCUGAAGAAGCAGGUUUUAGAGCUCGAGCAACAACACAGCACCGCUCUUCAGGAGCUCUCACAUACCUACGCUGCUGACAAAGAGCAACUCAUCGAACAGCACCAACUUCAGCUACAGGAGUUGAGAGGUGUCUCUGCGCGAGAAUUGGAGGCAUGUCGCAGGGAGCGUGAAGAGGAGUCGUCGAGGCAGCGGCAGCACUUCAUGGAAGAGGUGGAGCUCCUCAAAGUCCAAUCAGAGGAGAGACUACAGGACAGAAUCAAUCAACUGAAGACGGAGUUUGAGGAGCAGAAGCAGGCGGAGCUUGAGAACCUGAGGCGGAGCUUCACAUCUGAACAGGAGGAGAAGGAGCGGAGCUACACGGGCAAAAUGAGCCAGCUCACUGCUCAACUGCAGCAGCUUGAUGCUGUGGUGGCCCAGUUGCGAGCAGAGGUCGGCUGUCUGCAGGGCGAGUUAAACGGCAAGCGAGCGGAGAUGGAGACUUUAGACACUCUCCUCCAGCGAAGAGAGCGAGAGAGUCAGGAGGGAGGAAACCUUCUAAAGAUGCUCACUGAUGACUUACAGACGGCUAAAGACGAAAGACGUAAAUUGGACCAGGCCAAUGAGAAGCUGAGGAAAGUCUUGAUUGAGAUGAUUCGUGGCACCAUCGCAACCGAAGAGCUGAUUGGACAAAAGAUCAGCGCCAGAGCCAAAACAUCCGAGCAGACGAACCAUCGGAGGAGCUCAGCGGGGAACAAAGACCCACAGGAAUCAGGCAUUUCAGUUGCAGACUUGUCUUCAGAUGACCUCGAGCUGACCCACCAGCUCUGUGAGAGCCUGCUGGUUUCAGACACUCAGCUCAAUCCCGGAGGAGAAGAAGCCGCUCUGAGCGCCUGCAGCAGGCUGCGUCACACUGUCGAUACACUCUUGGAGCUGCUUAACCAGGCCAACACACAGCUGGAGCAGACUCACCAUGUCCACCUUUCUCUGGAGGAAAAGUUCUCUCAGGGCAGAGAAGACUCCGCCCAUCUCCUCGACCAACACAAGCUCCUAUUGGAGCAGCUCGAUCAGGAGGCGAGGCUGAAGAGUCAACUCCAGCUGGAGCUCCACAAGGCAGAAGGGCUUCUGGAUGGCUACGUGGCUGAGAAGGCAAUCCUAGAGGAGUCCCUGCAGCAGAAGGAGGCACAAGAGGAGAGACUAGUGGAGGAGCUGGAGGGCCUGAAGGCGAAGCUGCACCAGAUGCAGGGUCUCAACAAGGAGCUGGACAGCCUCAGAGUGAAGCAUCAUGAGCUCAAUGAGGAGCACGCGCUUCUCCUGCGCCAGAAGGAGCAUCUGUCCGCCGGGCUGGGCGAGAGGGAGAAAGCUCUGCUGGCAGAGACGGAGCGUUUGGCCCAGGAUAGGCUGGACUUGCAGCGCCAGGCAGAGAAGGACCACAGCACUUUGUCCCUGCGCCUCAGGGCCCUGGAGAGAGAGCUGGACGAGCAGGAAACAAAGGGCCUGGAGACUGAGCAGCACCACAAGACCCACACAGAAGACCUCAGCCAGCGCGUCCAAGCGCUCGAGAAACAGCUGAAACACGACCGGCAGUUUAUAGAGGAGCAGGCUGUGGAGCGCGAACACGAGCGAGACGAGUUCCAGCAGGAGAUCCGAAGACUGGAGGCCCAACUCAGACAGACAGCCAGUGUGGAUAACAAAGGACACAGGUUUGAGGACUUGGUUCUGCAGGUGGACAGUCUCCAAGCUAUCAUCAAAGACAAGACGGAGGACCACGCCUCCUUGCUCGCAGCAAAUCAGCAAGCCCAACGCGACCUUGCCGAGCGCAACGAGGAGAUCGACAAGCUAGCCGGGCGAAUCAGAGAGCUAGAGCAAGCGCUGCUCAACAGCAGCGAGAGCAACAGAUCUGUCGGUCAACUUGAACAAGAGCUCCACAGAGCGAAGUUGAGAGAGCAGGAGCUCACACAAGAUAAACAGGCACUGGAGCAGCAGCAGCUUUCGAACAGGCUCCAGAUCUCCGCCCUGCAGUCCAAACUGGAUGAGACGAGACACUGUUACCACGACAACACACGUGACCCCACCCAGGAGCUUAGAGAUGCCCUGGACACUGCUCAGCAGAGCCUCCACGGCAAAGAACAAGAGGUCGAGGUUCUGCAUGGCCAGCUAGAAAACGUGCAGAGGGACUUGAACAUCAGAGAAGUCGAACUAAAACAUCUCACACUACAGCUUGAGCUACUGACCAAUCAGAAUGCGGCUCAUGUUAAUGAGCUCCAAGAACAGAUUGCUGCCCUGAAGGAGAACGUGUCUGCUCUGACCAUUCUCAAGGAGGAGAAAGACGAGCAAAGCGAGGUGGAGGAUCCAGAGGAAGAGACCCUCCCCUCAGCUUUACUCCAGGAGAAAAAUCAUGAGAUCGACCACCUCAACAAUGAAAUCCAGAGAUUGGAACAGGAGCUGGAGAAUGCCGCAGACAACAAGGUUUUGGAGGCUGAGCUCGAGGAUCUGCGCUCACAGGUGGAACACCUUCAGUCCGAAAUCGGUAGAGUACGUGAGGACAAACAGGAAGAAGAGGAGCGCCUACAUGAGGUCAUCAGCACACUGCAGGCAGAGCUCGCCACUUUAGGCCCCAACCUGCAUGAAGUGAGCGACUCGCAGGAUGGCGACAGCAUCAAUCCCUCGCCGGCUCCCAGCCCCGAACCUCGCCACUAUACCAUCCAGGAACAAGAGAGGAGGGGAGGCCCAAACAGCCUGAAGCAGGAGCUCAGUCUUACUCACUCUGCAUCGUCCCGUUCCAUUCGAUCUCGUCUGAAGGCCCUUCAGAAUCAGCUGGAGACGGCGGUGGCGGAGAAAGAAGGACUGGAGCGAUUACUGCUCACCCAGGAGGCAGAGUACAGAGGACACGGGGAGGAGUUCGGAAAGAGGCUGAAAGCUGAGCGGGAGAGGGCAGAUGAACUCCACGGUCUCCUCACCAACAAAGAAGCAGAGCUCGAUGAAGUCAAAGCUCAGAUAGAAGAGGAGAGGGAGAAGAGGAAACUAUCUGAAGAGGAUAGGGACGGUUGCAAAAUUCAAGCCGAAGAAAUGAGCGCCCUGCACGAGAAGAACACAAACCUCAGCUCUCAGCUUAUGGAACUCCAAAAGAAAGAACAGGAGACCAUGAGCGAGAUCCAAACUCUAAAAACCAAGGAGCAGGAUAUGAAAACAGAAAUGGAACUCCUCCGAGAAACCAGCCUCACUCUUGAGAGGCAAAUCCAGGAGGUCAGAGCCGAGAUGGUCGACAUGGAGGAACUGGUUGCCGAGGAGAGGACAAAGAUCAAAACCCUCGAGACCGUGAAGGGAGAGCUCUAUGCUGAACGUGAGGCGCUGAGGAGGAGGGAGGGCCAGCUCCAGGAGGAAAUUGAGAGGCUCAGGCAGGAAGUGGCUUCAAUGAGAGCUUGUAUUCAGGACCUGACGGCUCAGCUCAACGAGAGGGAGUCCAGUCAAGAAGAAGCUCAAAAGGAAGUGCUGACCCACGCUGAGGAGACUCUUGCUAAAGCAGACGCUGCCUUAAGACAGAGGGAGACUGAGCUUGCCACACUGAGGGCAGAGCAUCAGGCUCUGCAGGCGGAGCUGAAUGUGGUGAAACGAGGUCUGAGCACCAGCACAGAGAGAGCUGAGCAGCUACAUGAGGAAGGACAGACCAAAGACCGCGCUCUGGCUGACCUGGAGACCGAUAACCAGCAGCUGAAGGUGGAGCUUCAAGGUUUACAAGAAGACCUGGCUGUACAGGAAGAGGAACUGGCCUAUCAGCAAAGGGAACUACAGCAACUCAGACAACACUGUCACCAACAGGACACACUUCCCUACCAACAAGGAUACCCACAAAAGGAUAUUUCUCACAGAGCCUUUGAGGACAUUGUGAGUGUGUCCCGCGAUGAAGCCUCUCUGAGCUCUCCAGAGGUUUUAAGGAGACUCGAACGCUCUGAAGAAACACUCCCGGAGCGCAUCCACGCGUCUGUUCUCGGCUCUCGUCUGUCUGAGCUCAGCGCUCUGAACAGCACAGGCUUUGAUCUCCCCCACGUCAAGACCUCUCCCAGGGUUGUGAUGGAGCCUCCGCACUCCAGGACCAUCACACCAGAUCCAGCCACACAUAGUACACACUCCCCAGGCUCGGUGUCGCCGUCCGACAACUUCUCAAUGCUCGACUCUCUGGACACUGACAAAGUGCGUGAGUUGGAAGGACUUGACCUUACAACACCUCCAUCUCCUCUUGGCUCCACCUCCUCCCUGUCAGCACCAGAAUGGGCCAGUGAUGGAUACGGCAGCAAUGUGAGUUCAGAAUUGGGUGCGAGGUUGAGAGUGGAGCUGGAACAGACUGAAAGGCUGGACGCUCAGUUUGUCGAGUAUCUCCGCUGCAGAGGAAUUAACCCCACGGUCAACACCGACAGUGCUGCAGGCAGUAUGAGCUACAGCGAUGACCUGCUGUCACCUGAGCUUCAGGGUCUGCUGAAGAAAGUGUAUCAAGAAAGCUGCCGAAUUCUCACUUUGUCCCAACGUCGUGCCACUUCUUCAGCCCAACCUCACGUCUCGGACUUAAAAGCCUUCUCACUGAGUCAGACACAGCAUCAUACUGAAGAUAACUCAGCCCUGCUGGAUCACCGGGACAAAUCGUCCUCCGACCCUCCCAUGAGCUGGCAGCAGGAGAAGAGGGCGCUGCAGGAGACUGUGAUCGCUCUUCGAGAGCUCCUCUGUCGAAUGGCCCAGAGACACACACAAACUGACUACAGAGGUGACGGUGAGUGGCACAGAGAUCAUCUCUGUGGACAGGCUGAAUCUCAGCUGAGGGCAGAGCUGGAGAUGAUCCAGAAACAACUGAAGUGUGCUCACGACACUCAUCAAGAGCAAAAGAACAAAAUACAGUCACUCAGGCUGACUGUAGAAGAGGGCGAGGAAGCUUUGAGGAGGGAGCAGACCAGAGUCCAGGAGAUUCAACAAGAACUGGAGCAGGAGAGAGCUCUGAGUCUCCGUAAGGACCGAGAAGAGGAGGAAAGGAGGGGGGCUGUGCAAGUAUCUUCUGAGCAGCAGAGAUCAGAGGUCAUGGCUCUGAAGGGUCAGCUGGAGCAGGAGAGGGUGGCAUGCAGCAACCUCAGACGGGAGCUCCAGAUUGAACAGUCCCGCAGUGUGCUGCUGGAGAAACGCCUAGACGACAACCAGAAGGAGCAGGAAGACGAGCGGCAACUUUCCGCUCGCCAACAAGAGCUCAGCGUCCAAGAGAAGACUCGCCUCGAGCGGCUCCUCACUGAAGCCGAAUCUCGCUCAGCAGAAAUUCACUCCAAGCUCGCAGACGCUCACAAGAAGCUCGAUGAAGAGAGAGAGCGUUACACCAGGCAGGUGGACGAACUCAUCCGCAGACACGAGGCGGAUACAGCCAGAGACAGGAAGUUUAUCUCUGAGAUGCGCGCCCAGCUCGAGCAGGAACGGAGGCAGGGAGAGGAGCUGGCAGGUCUGAUGGACAAACUGAGGGCCGAGCUACUGCAGAACAAGAGGAGAUGGGAAGAGGAGGACAGAACGAGGAGGGAGGAGCUUCAGAGGGAGCAGGAGGCCGCCACCAGACAUCGUGUGGCUAUGGAGGCGUUGAAAGAGCAGAAACAGGAAGCGAGCCGCACUUUAGAGGGGGAGCGAGAGCGAUCCAGACGCCAAGGGGUGGAGCUGGCCGAGCUGAAGGAGAGACUGCGACUGCUGAAGGACAAAGAGAGGGAGAGGGAGGAGCAGUGGGAGAGGGAGAGGAGGAAGGGGAGACAAGAGCAGAUGGAGAGGGAGAGACGACAGGAGAGGACCAACACCAAACUGUGCGAGUUGGAGUUGUUGAGGCAGCAGGACCAGCAGCGCAUGCAGGAGCUGCAGCGCACUCUGGCAGAGCUGGAAAGAGAGGAGAGAGAGAUGGCUGCUCAGAGGCUGUCUGGACGAACCACAGGCCAACAAACCAAGGCUGCAACUUCACAGCCGCAUCUCCAACUUGCCUGCAACUUCCAGGCAGGCGGCACACAACAAAACCAGCAGACGCCGUCCACGCCGUCGUCGUCCGAUCUGCUGGAAAGGUUGUUGAAGGAGAACUCGGAGCUGACGGAGCGCGUGACAUCACUGAGUCAGGAGAGAGCCACCCUCAAACAUAAACUCACCUGUCUGGAGCGUCAGCUGCGCCGCACGGAGAACGAGCUCGCCAAGGUCACGGCAGAAACCGAAAACAGACCCAUCAACGACGUGACCAGCAACAGCAAGGUGCAGCGUUUGUAUGAGCGCUACCUGCGCGCUGAGAGCUUCCGGAAAGCUCUCGUCUACCAGAAACGUUACCUGCUGCUGCUGUUGGGAGGUUUCCAGGAGUGCGAGCAGGCCACCCUGUGUCUCAUCGCCAACAUGGGGGCACGGCCGUCUCCCCCGCUCUCCUCCCAGCGCAGACCACUCGGACGAUUCAGGGCUGCUGUACGAGCUGUCAUUGCUGUCUCAAGGAUGAAGUUCCUGACUAAGAAAUGGCAAAGAGCAAUCAGAAGGCUGUCUUUGUCUGGGACUGCUAAUGGGCACGCUUCAGGUCCUAAAGUUGAAGUCUUAAGGCAGCAACAGCCGAGAAUAAAUAUAGACUCGCCACCGCACAGAGACACGGUGUCAGCCCUCGUCCCGCCCACCAAAUCACCCUUCAGGUUGCACAACAGGACGUCCCCCAGCACCAGUCUGGCCUCGGGGCAUUCAGUGGGGACGUCUCAGGAUCCAGAGCGAUCGCUGACAGAAUAUAUCCACCAUCUAGAGAAAGUCCAGCAGCGGUUGGUUGGAGCUAGGCAAGUAAGCAAGACUCAUUUAGCCGUGCCCCCUAAAGAGGAAAGGAGGAUACAGUCAGCCUGUUCCCCUGAUAUGAUUGGUUAUCGGCAGCGCUGGCUGCAGGAGAAUAGCACGUGGCUGUACCUGAGCUGCUUGUCGCCCCUUUACCUGAACGGCACAGCAGGUCCGUCCGUCCUCCAGCCCGACCCGAAGUUCUUUGACCACUGAAAGAAAUGAAUGUCUGCAUAUCGUCACAAACUGUCCAUGCCUUACACACAAUGUAGAAAUAUGUAGAAAGGAAUAUAUCACACGUGUUGAACUAUUUGAUGAUGUGAUUUUUAUAAGCACAUAAAUUAUUUUUCAAUAUUUUCUAUUGUGAUUUUUCUAUUCUCUGUAUUUCAGUAUUUUGAAGGUCACUCUUGGGUUGUUGUAAGAACAAAUGUUCAUUUUAAACAGGUCUGUUAUUUUUCUAAUGUUUUUUUUAAUACAUUUUGUGCUACUGUAUGUAAAUAGGACUGAUGUUCGUUGUACAUGUGUCCAAAUUUGCACUGGAAACCCUCCAACGAUCAAACAUAGUGAGUGCAUUAUUGCCUAAACGUGUACUAUAUGUGUUUUUGUAUUAUCUGUGUUUUUACCAUAAAGUUGAUAAAUAUUUUAAAUGUGUGACUACAAA